AUGUCGUCGGCUGUUGUUUCUAACACUGCUACUUUGCAGAAGUAUUUGGACCUCCCUCAAAACGGAGCUGUCUUGGCUGAAUACAUCUGGAUCGAUGGUACUAAUGGUAUCCGAUCCAAGUGUAAGACUCUUAGCAAGUCUCCCGAGUCGAUUGAUGACCUUCCUGAAUGGAACUUCGACGGUUCUUCUACCGAACAAGCUCCUGGUCAUGACUCGGAUAUUUAUUUGCGUCCUGCCGCUAUUUUCAAGGACCCUUUUAGAAAGGGUGAUAACAUCAUUGUUCUUGCCGAGUGUUGGAACAACGAUGGUACUCCUAACAAGACAAACUACCGUCACGAGUGUGCUAAGCUCAUGGAGGCCCACAAGGAUUCCAAGAUCUGGUUUGGUAUUGAACAAGAGUACACUCUUUUCGACCAAUACGACAAUGUCUAUGGCUGGCCCAAGGGUGGUUUCCCCGGUCCUCAAGGUCCUUACUACUGUGGUGUUGGUACUGGUAAGGUUUUCUGCCGUGACAUUGUCGAGGCUCAUUACCGUGCCUGUUUGUAUGCCGGUGUUGACAUCUCCGGUAUCAAUGCCGAGGUCAUGCCUUCUCAAUGGGAGUUCCAAGUCGGUCCUUGUGAGGGAAUCAAGAUGGGUGAUGAGUUGACUGUUGCCAGAUACUUGCUGACCCGUGUUGCCGAGGACUUUGGUGUCAAGAUCUCGUUCCACCCCAAGCCUCUUCAAGGAGACUGGAACGGUGCUGGUUGUCACACCAACGUUUCCACCGAGCAAAUGAGAAACCCCGGUGGUAUGAAGUACAUUGAGGAGGCUAUUGAGAAGCUUUCCAAGCGUCACAAGGAGCACAUUGCCGUGUACGGUGAAGACAACGAUCUUCGUCUGACCGGUCGUCACGAGACUGCUUCUGUUGCCAACUUCUCGUCCGGUGUUGCCAACAGAGGUGCCUCUGUGCGUAUUCCCCGUUCCGUUGCCAAGGAGGGAUUCGGUUACUUCGAGGACCGUCGUCCCGCCUCCAACAUCGACCCCUACCUCGUCACCGGUAUUAUUGCCGAGACCAUUCUCGGUUCCAUCCCCGAGGCUGACAUUGUCAAGCAAGUCCAAAAGGAGUAA